UGGCGCCUCUCCUCCCACGGGGGGCGGGGAUCCACUUUAGGAGUUGGGCCUCUAGCGGACGGCUCCCCGCACAAUGGUCCUGGCUGGUUCGGCGUCUCAAGCCCCAGCCAAGAUGGCGGCCGUGAAGGCUGUAUAGAGACGCUUUGUCCUCCGGGCGGAAGCUGCACUUCUGUCGCUCAAGAUGGCGGCUGGCAUGUACCUGGAGCAUUAUUUGGACAGUAUAGAGAAUUUGCCUUUUGAACUGCAGCGGAACUUCCAGUUGAUGAGGGACCUUGACCAGAGGACAGAAGAUUUGAAGUGCCAAAUAGACCGGCUGUCCUCUCAGUAUAUGAACAAUGCCCGCACACUGAGCUCAGAGGAAAAGCUGCAGCUCCUUCGACAGGUACAGGACGCCUACGGCAAGUGUAAGGAAUAUGGAGAUGACAAAGUACAGCUGGCCAUGCAGACAUACGAAAUGGUAGAUAAACACAUUCGGAGGCUGGACACGGACCUUGCUCGGUUUGAAGCUGACCUGAAGGAGAAGCAUAUCGAGUCCAGUGAUUACGACAGCUGCUCUAGCAAAGGGAAAAAAAAAGGCAGAGGUCAAAAAGAGAAGAAAGUCCCAAAAGUUAAGUCAAAGGUCAAGAAUUCUGACGACGAGACGGCGAAAAUCGGACAGAAGAAAAUCAAACUUGUCCAGACGGCAGAAUAUGGGGCACCGGCUACUAACUUCAGCAAAGUUCACCCAUCCGAUGUGCUCGAUAUGCCAGUUGACCCCAAUGAACCCACUUACUGUCUGUGCCAUCAGGUGUCCUAUGGAGAGAUGAUUGGCUGUGAUAACCCAGAUUGCUCUAUUGAAUGGUUUCACUUUGCUUGUGUCGGUCUUGCUACAAAACCUCGUGGAAAAUGGUACUGUCCACGCUGCUCCCAGGAAAGGAAGAAGAAAUAAGCACAGCACAGGCUCCCCCAGGGGGGAGAGCAGCGAGUAUUCGAGUUGUGUGGUACCUGCAUUUCUCUGUCUGUCUCAGGAGGAGCGAGUGCUGACUAGCUGGAUGGGAGAUAACGGCCACGUUCAUGACAGUAUUAGACUUUUUAUCUCUCGG